CUGGAAGAAGACAGGACCACCGGGGACUGGAAGGAGACAGGACCACCGGGGACUGGAAGGAGAGGAGCGUGUGCAUGGGAGACACAAAGACAUGCUCUUUCCCAGGACUCAUAAAUCACCAUCACAAGUUCAUCAUCUCCUUCGCUGAAGAUGAAGCAGGUGAACUGUACUUCCUAGCUACCUCAUACCCCAGCGCCAUGUCCCCCUAUGGAACGGUUUACAAGUUCAUGGAUCCUUCAAGGAGAGCCCCUCCAGGGAAGUGCAGAAUCAAACAAGCUCCUGUGAAGGUCAGGAGCAAGAAGCUGCCUUUCACACCAAGAGAAUUAACAGUGCUGGACAUACAUGAAAAACCCACCAGACCGCCACUUCGGAAAUUCAUAUUUACUAGCAAGCCUCCUGCCACCCCCCAGACCAGCCCUCCCUCUGCCAGUCUUAGCCCCAGGGUCCCCACCCCCACACCGGCACCCGAAUGGAGAGCAAACAAUAAGAAUUUGACCACGACAAACACCAAAGGUAAAAAACUCAAAGCCAAACAACAGAUGGAGAAUAAAUCUCUCAAAAAUCAGACAGCAGAAGCACAAAGCAAAAAGAAGAUGCCUUUCACUGUCCUCGACAAGCAAACAGCCCAACUACAGUUGAGGAAAAAGGCUCCAUUAAAAACCCUGAACAAGCAGGUAGCCACAGCACAGGCAAAUAGUGAGACCCAUCUGAAAAUGGACCAACAGGCUGUCAAAAUGCAAUCAAAGAGGAAGGACCCACUGAAGAAUCUCAAGCAGACAGUCAAAACGCAAUCAAAGACUAAGAUGCCUCUGAAAAAUCAAAACAAGCAGAAUGUUAAAGCACAGACAAAGAAGACAGGAUCUUUUAAGGCAGUGCUGCUGAAGCCAUUUAAACAUGAACUAGUCAGGAACGGCCAGAAGAACAAAACACCUUCCAAAGGAGCCAAGGCUAAGGGAAGCAAACCAGUGUCGGACACAAGGAAAACAGCGCAAAAAAAGAAAACUGUCAAAAGCAAACAAGUCCAAUGAGACGAUAUUGUUCCUUGUGUGGCUGUUGAUAAUUAAUUCAGUAUCUUGUUUCUGAGAAAUAGAAUACACUGGUAUGGUGAAUUUGUUUGUGUAGUCCUGUCACUUUGAACUGCAGUGAAGUCAGUAUUUCAAGCUGAUCAUUUUUGUUACGUCUUUAGAGUUAAAUCAAAGACAGAACUGGGCAAAGUCGGCGAACAUAAAAACCGACAUUGUGGUGUCGUAAAAUUGCACUAAUUUUACAGCACAUGCAUACGUUAAAAAAUAAACCUCUGGGGAUCGUAAACGAGCUGUGUGUCUCUGCGAAGCCCUCUGUCAUUUGACUCCACUGAUCAUGAUUGAAACCACAGACUGUGACUUAAAUAGUGAAGGUUCAGUAGACACAAGGAUCUGCUGUUUUGUCAAUUGUUUGAUUUCAGAAAAGUGUUUUUCAGUUCAUCCCAGAGCCUUCGGACACCAAUGGGUCAACUUGUUGAAUGAUCUGAGCUUUUACAUCGUGCCAACCUGUAGAAAAGAUCAGUGGACUUGGUAGCCCCAGGUAGGGACUUGUUACGUGUUAUGCAUCGAAUCUACUGUCUAAGAGCAACCUCCAGCGCUUUCCAGACUAGAGUCGCCAGAAAUACAUACCCGCUCACCUGGGCAUAUCUCUGCAUCACGUGGACCUUCAAAAAUGCAUUCCAACAGUGUUGUGGUUUUUUGGAUCCUUCGUUGGAAAACAGGUUAAUACAUGAACGUACACAAAAUAUACAUUAAAACCAGAUUCAAGUCAGGUUCAAAAACCGCGGCUCACUGUAAAUGUGCCACCCCUAAAUGUUGAAACUCAUCCUCCCGCUUUGUAGGGAAAUCUUCCUGUCUGCUCUGCUGCAGGCACUCAUCAGACGUCCCUCCGGUUAGUCAUUACUCCUGUCUGUGCUCUGAGACGUUUGUAGAGUCUCAGUGGUGGGGCAGUCACGACCCCAAGUGCUCUGUUGACAUCAGAGGCUCGUGCUGUGACACGUCUGUUUUGUGACAGGCUUGUACACCUUUUGAAAUCAGAUUUGUAGUCUCCCCAAAAAUAUUAAACAAACAAUGUUCCCUACACAUUUUGUGCGCAUUUUGAAGUCGACCUCUUUCUGGGUAUGCUCAAAUAAACAAGAUUCACAUAUGAUUUCAGCACCUCCUAUGAUGUAUAUCCAGAUCAGUCAUGUUUUCAUCACUCUGCGGGAGUUCUGUAGUCAGAAGAAUUAAUAUAUUCUGAAUGUUGUCCCAACUGUAGCUCGUGAUCAUGUGAGCAUAACCCCCCUCAGAGGUCCAGGCCUGCAGUAGAAUCCAGGGCUACAGAUGGAGAUGAAACAUGGAGACAUAGUUCUGUUGCCAUGGGCUUGACACCCAUGACGACCACGAAGACCUAUCACAACUUUGUGAGAAAUUUAACACGAUUCCGCCACCUACACUGAGUCUAAAUAUGAUUAACAGUUAUACUACAGUAAAACCAGGCAGGAUUCAUUGCUAUUAUGAGACAACUUUAAUAUGCUUUAUUGCUGCAACUGAAGCACUUCUGGCAGAAACUAAAGUGAACUUGUUAUCAGUAGAAUCUUUGCUGAUCUGAUUUAUACAAUCUUAGACAUUAUACAACAGUUUACUUGCACACUAUUAUUUUCACUUUCCUUCAUGUUUGAAUUAUACACUAGAAGUAGUUUUCUUGGUGAACUCCCCCGUAAGAACUUUCCAAACACGAUCCUGUGAUGAAACCAGUGUGUGUUGAGCAGGUGUGAUGAUAUUUAUCAGACAUUUUCAAAACAGGGAUAUUGAGUGGGAGGGAGAUGAAAGGUGAACAAAACUGCCACUAUUCUGCUACAGAAAGAAGAUCAAAUCACAUUUAUUGAGAGAGGGGCUGACAUUUUCCCAUUUUCAAAUGGCCUGACUGAAACCAUUGGACAGGAGAAAUCUCAAGUAAUGCUAUGCUUCUCCCUGGUGGACAGGAAAUGGAACUGCAGGUGCAUAGUGACAGACUCCUCUAGUCAGACAGAGGAGUCAGUGAGUCUGACACCAUGAAGACUACAUAUAAUAUCAUGACAAUGAGAUGAGACUCCAAC